AUGGCGGCCCGGGCGGGUUUCCAGUCCGUGGCUCCGAGCGGCGGCGCCGGAGCCUCUGGAGGGGCGGGCGCGGCGACUGCCCUGGGCCCGGGCGGGACACCGGGGCCUCCGGUGCGAAUGGGCCCGGCGCCGGGUCAAGGGCUAUACCGCUCCCCGAUGCCUGGAGCGGCCUAUCCGAGACCAGGUAUGCUACCAGGCAGCCGAAUGACACCUCAGGGACCUUCCAUGGGACCCCCUGGCUAUGGGGGGAACCCUUCAGUCCGACCUGGCCUGGCCCAGUCAGGGAUGGACCAGUCCCGCAAGAGACCUGCGCCUCAGCAGAUCCAGCAGGUCCAGCAGCAGGCGGUCCAAAAUCGGAACCACAAUGCAAAAAAAAAGAAGAUGGCUGACAAAAUUCUACCUCAAAGGAUUCGUGAACUGGUACCAGAAUCCCAGGCCUAUAUGGAUCUCUUGGCUUUUGAAAGGAAACUGGACCAGACUAUCAUGAGGAAACGGCUAGAUAUCCAGGAGGCCUUGAAACGUCCCAUCAAGCAAAAACGGAAGCUGCGAAUUUUCAUUUCUAACACUUUCAAUCCGGCUAAGUCAGAUGCUGAGGAUGGGGAAGGGACGGUGGCUUCCUGGGAACUUCGGGUAGAAGGACGGCUCCUGGAGGAUUCAGCUUUGUCCAAAUAUGAUGCCACCAAACAAAAGAGGAAGUUUUCUUCUUUUUUUAAAUCCUUGGUGAUCGAACUGGACAAAGACCUGUAUGGACCAGACAACCAUCUGGUAGAAUGGCACAGGACCGCCACUACCCAGGAGACGGACGGCUUCCAGGUGAAGCGGCCGGGAGAUGUGAAUGUACGAUGUACUGUCCUGCUGAUGCUGGAUUACCAGCCUCCUCAGUUUAAAUUAGACCCUCGUCUGGCUCGGCUUCUGGGCAUUCACACCCAGACCCGUCCGGUGAUCAUUCAAGCACUGUGGCAAUAUAUUAAGACACACAAGCUCCAGGACCCACAUGAGCGGGAGUUUGUCAUUUGUGACAAGUACCUCCAGCAGAUCUUUGAGUCUCAACGUAUGAAGUUUUCAGAGAUUCCCCAACGGCUCCAUGCCUUGCUUAUGCCCCCUGAACCCAUUAUCAUUAAUCAUGUCAUCAGUGUUGACCCGAAUGAUCAGAAAAAGACAGCUUGUUAUGACAUUGAUGUGGAAGUGGAUGAUACCUUGAAGACCCAGAUGAAUUCUUUUCUGCUGUCUACUGCCAGCCAGCAGGAGAUUGCUACUCUAGACAACAAGAUCCACGAGACAAUAGAAACUAUCAAUCAGCUGAAGACCCAGCGGGAGUUCAUGCUGAGCUUUGCCAGAGACCCUCAGGGUUUCAUCAAUGACUGGCUUCAGUCCCAGUGCCGGGACCUCAAGACCAUGACUGAUGUGGUGGGUAACCCAGAGGAGGAACGCCGAGCAGAGUUCUACUUCCAGCCUUGGGCCCAGGAGGCUGUGUGUCGAUAUUUCUACUCCAAGGUGCAACAGAGACGACAAGAAUUAGAGCAAGCCCUGGGAAUCCGAAAUACAUAG